AUGGAAUCACAGACUCGUGAGGAAGUCGCAGACGGCCCCUUGGAUGCCAGUUUUGGCAAGCCACGACUACAACUUCCGGCGAGUUGUGACCCUCCAUCGGCCAGCUCGCCUGCAAAGCAGCUCGUGUGGAUAAUAUUUGGGGGCACUGGCCAUAUGGGCCGGUCGCUUGUGAAGUGCGCACUCGCCCGAGGGGACUUAGUCACCUCGGUUGGGAGAGUUAAUGAGUCCAAUUCUGAUGACAUGGCAAACAUACACGACAACUGUCUAGGGGCGCUUUGUGAUGUACGCUCCCGUGAUUCUGUCGCCAAGGUUGUCCAGAAUACGCUAGAUCAAUUUCGACGGUUCGAUGUCGUUGCCAACUGUUCUGGUUAUGGAGUUAUAGGUUCAUGCGAGGACCAGGACGAGCAUGACCUCCGGAACCAGUUCGAGACAAACUUCAUCGGUACCCUUCACAUUAUUCACACCACACUUCCUUACUUGCGAAGACAGAAUAGUGGCCGGUAUCUCAUAUUUAGUUCAACAUCCGGGGCCCUCGGUGUGCCGGGGCUAGGGCCAUAUUGCGCAACUAAAUACGCCGUUGAAGGCCUGAUCGAGGCGAUGCUAUAUGAAACGGACUCAUUCAAUGUCAGAGCUACACUGAUAGAACCUGGUCUGGUGAGGCGGGAUGAGCCGGAUUCUGGCGAUAACCCUCUCCCUACCUGGGGCCAUUUCCUCAUCAAGCCUUCAGGUCAUGGGUAUGCUAAUGCAACUUCUCCAGCCCUGCACGCACGAAGGAUGGUACAGUGGCUGGGUGACCGUCAACCCACCAGUGCAGUCAAAUGCGCCGAACUUGUGUGGCAGCUAGCCCACUGCUCUUAUCCUCCGCUAAGGCUGUUACUUGGAAGCUACGCAAUCGAGAGCAUCCGAGACAGGAUGCGGUCAGUCACCGAGGAGCUGGAGGACUGGAAACACCUCAAUUUCACAACAGGGCAAGACAGUGAAAAAGAUGCAAGUCGCGAGGAGGUCCUUGAUAUCGACAAGGAAUAA